AUGGCCCAGGCCUUCGACGACGAUGACCUCUCGCUUUCGAUGACCCGUCGCCCGACCAAUGGCUCGCAAAACGACGACUCAAAUCCCCCGACUGCUAUGCCCGCCAUCUCCAAGUCCCAACCUGCUCCCCCGGCCACCAACAAGAGACGUCUGGGACAAUAUGACAUCGUCAGAACAUUAGGCGAAGGCUCCUUCGGCAAGGUCAAACUCGCCGUCCACAAGGUUAGCGGCCAGAAAGUCGCCCUCAAAAUCAUCUCUCGUCAAAAGCUCGUCACUCGCGACAUGGCUGGCCGCAUAGAACGCGAGAUUCAGUACUUGCAAUUGCUGCGCCAUCCUCACAUCAUCAAGCUCUACACUGUCAUCACCACCCCAAAAGAAAUCAUCAUGGUCCUCGAGUACGCCGGCGGUGAACUCUUCCAGUAUAUUCUGGACCACGGACGCAUGGCUGAAGACAAGGCACGCAAGUUCUUCCAGCAGAUUGUGUGCGCCGUCGAGUACUGCCAUCGUCACAAGAUUGUUCAUCGUGAUCUGAAACCUGAGAACCUGCUCCUCGACGACGCGCUCAAUGUCAAAAUCGCCGAUUUUGGUCUGAGUAACAUCAUGACUGAUGGAAACUUCCUCAAAACUAGUUGCGGCAGUCCAAACUAUGCAGCUCCCGAGGUCGUCGGAGGCAAGCUAUAUGCCGGCCCUGAGGUUGACGUAUGGAGUUGCGGUGUUAUUCUCUACGUCUUGCUUUGUGCUCGCCUUCCUUUUGACGAUGAAUACAUCCCGACGCUUUUUAAGAAGAUCCAGUCUGGCACGUAUCAUACGCCAAGCUACAUUUCGUCCGGCGCCGCUCGUCUGAUCAAGCGAAUGCUGCAGGUCAGCCCUGUCAACCGUAUCACCAUUGACGAGAUUAAGCUCGAUCCGUGGUUCCUCAAGGACCUACCCGACUAUCUUACACCACCUGUCGAGGAGUUCAUGGACCAGGGUAUCGAUCCCAACAAAUCAAUUGACCCGGCCAAGUUGGCCCCCACAAAACCUGCUGUGGUGCAACAGAAGUUGCACGAGAGUGUCGUUGGCAAGCUAGGCAAGACCAUGGGUUAUGCAAAGGACGACGUGACCGAGGCCCUCGCUAAGGAUGAGCCCAGUGCCAUCAAAGACGCCUAUCUCAUUGUGCGUGAAAACACAAUCAUGAAGGCCAACCCUUCGCUCGCACAUAACCCUGAGCUGCAACCAUGGCUUGCUCAGUCACCACCGACCUUCCAAACCACUGUUACUGGCCCACCGAAUGUCCGCCUACCGGCGCCCGGAACAUCCAACCCAGCCUCAAAUGUUGAUCAUCCCCGCCACGGAUCCACCAGCUCUACUCAUGAAGCUCGCACUCCGGCAACGACAAUCGGUAUCUUGCCUUCGUCGCUCCCAUCCUUCCAUCAAGCAUACAUGCAGGGAACUACUCCCAGAGCUGCCAUACCCGAAGGCGAGCUCGAUCCAUAUGCCCCCAACAGUGUACCUGGAGGCGAAGGCAAAGAAUUGACAAGCGAGCAACGCGCUGCCGUCCUCAAACGGUUACGGCCUCAUGUCAAGGGCAAUCAGAUUGGAGGUCGAGAUAAGCCCGAGAUGAUGACACCCCUGCCCAGCAAGGACAAGAAGGUCAAACCAACCAAAUGGCAGUUCGGUAUACGCAGUCGCAACAGCCCUUCAGAAGCCAUGCUGGCUAUCUACAAGGCACUAAAAGCAAUGAAUGCUGUUUGGGAAGCGCCUGUCAUGCGUCGUCCUGGACAUGGUGAAGGUAGCCCGCCACGCAACCGCCGGCGUCAUGCCAGAGACGGAAGUCAGAGUCCUGAGUACUCCGACUCGGACCCGGAGGCUGGCACUGACCCUGAAUAUUCCACUCACGAAGAACGUGCUAGACGUCGUUCUCGUGGUGGGCACGCAUCGGACAUGUCAGACGAUGAUUUCGGCGAGGAACUAUCUCGCAGCCAACGUCACAAGUCACAUAUCCGUGAAGCCUUCGGACCCGAGAACGACUGGGGCUACAAGAUUCCUGAAGACCCGUGGAUCAUCAAUGCAAGAUUCCGUAAGGAUGGCAUGUUCCCUCCUGGUGUAGCACAUCCAUCAUCGACGCACUCCAGUCGCGUGGACUUGCACGAAGGUAUCCGUCGUCGCAGCUCAACAAUGGGCAGCAGCACUAGUCUGGCCGCCUCACCCGCAGGCUUCAACUCACCCGUUCAACCAAGUAGCAUCCAUGGCAGCGCUCACGCAUCCACUGACAACAGCGCCUGGGUAUACGUAACAAUCCAACUGUACUGUAUCGAACAAGAUAGCUUCAUGGUCGAUUUCAAGUGCGCCGGCUACGAACGUCUCGUGCGUCGCUUGCGACGAGAAAUUAAAACGCAUGCCGAUGGCGAGACUUCGGAUGUCUGGCGCGAUGAAGACCAAGAUGACGAAGACAUGGAUGAAGGAUACAUGGGCUGUGGGCGCAUACCCGAGGAAAAGGACAUUUCAAGUCCAUUCCCCUUCAUGGAUGUGGCUAGCAGUCUCAUUGUGCAAUUAGCCCAAGGCGCCUGA